AUGUCGAUGGGCGACCGUCACUGGUGGCAUAGCGCCACGGUCUACGAGGUCUACCCUUCUUCCUUCAAAGACUCCAACGACGACGGUACGGGCGACCUCGUAGGGCUUAUCUCCCAAGUUCCCUACAUCGCCUCCCUUGGUAUCGACGCCGUCUGGCUAGCAGCCUGUUGCAAAUCCGGAGGCAUAGAUAAUGGCUACGAUGUCAUUGACUACCGAGAGAUCGACGCACAGUUUGGGACCUUUCAAGAUAUCGAGACUUUGAUUGCGGAGUUGGGGAAGCAUGAUAUCAAGUUGAUCAUGGACCUGGUCGUCAAUCAUACUAGCUCCCACCACAAGUGGUUCAAGGAAAGUCAGAGCAGUCGCUCAAGCGAGAAGAGGGACUGGUAUAUCUGGCGCCCAGGUCGUCCGGGAGGCCUACCUCCCAACAACUGGAAAUCUUGUUUUGAAGGCCCAGCCUGGACGUACAAUGAAGACACCGAUGAGUGGUAUCUUCACAUGUUCUCCUCAAAACAGCCAGACCUCAAUUGGACCAACCCUGACGUCCGCAACGCCAUAUAUGACGACAUGCGCUUCUGGCUGAGCAAAGGUAUCGGUGGUUUCAGGAUGGAUGUAAUCAACAUCAUUUCCAAGCCUGCUGGGCUACCAAUGGCGGGUGACGCCACCAAAGAAUUGCAGUCUCCGCUCAAAAUCGUCUGCAACCAGCCCGCAGUACAUGAGUACCUACGUGAGUUGCGCCGCGAGGUUCUCGAUCAAUACGGAGAUAUUGUCAGCGUGGGCGAGAUAAUCUGCACCGGUGACGUGGACGCCAUUCGGCAAUACACCGAUCCGCGCAGGAGGGAAUUGAGUAUGGCCUACACAUUCGAACUCUUCGCCCUCGACAUUGGCGACUCCGACAAGUUCAGCCGCCGAGACUGGAAGUUCAUCGAACUCAAAAACAGAGUCAAGAAAUGGCAGCAAGGCCUCCAGUACUCCAGUGGUCAUUGGCAGACACUCUGGCUCGAGUCACACGAUUCAGCUCGUUCGGUGACACGAUUUGGGGACGGCACAGAAGAGAAUCGUUGGAAAAUAGCGAAAAUGCUAGCAUUGCUGCAAAGCACUCUCAGCGGAACGAUGUUUCUUUACCAAGGCCAGGAGAUAGCAAUGAAGAAUCUGACGGCCGAUGUACCGAUUGCGGAAUACCAAGAUCUUGAGACACAUGCCCUAAUGAAAGCUGGUCUUGACAAAGGACGAUCACAGGAUGAGGUACGCAGUGAACUUCUCCUUAAGGCGAGAGAUCAUGCACGAGCACCGAUGCCGUGGAGUGCUGCAACGACGAGCGAUCCAUAUGCCGGCUUUUCAGCAAACAAGCCAUGGUCACCGAUGAAUACAGAUAGCUCGCUCUGCAACGUUGCUUCACAGCGAGCGGCCCCAGAUUCAAUUCUUCGGUACUGGCAGAAGCGGAUCAAGCUGCGCAAACAACAUGCCGAUGCGCUGAUCUUUGGCGACUUUGAGCCACUUGAAAGCACCAUGGAUGAUAGUGCUGUCUUUGCCUAUUGGAAGAAGCCAGUGAAUGGCCCUGGACACGAAAGAUGUGAAGCAUUCACAGGCGCGUCAGAAAAGCAAGAGGGGCCUACACCGCUACCAGAGAGGACGCGCGAAGUGCUCGUCGUCAUUAAUCUCAGCAAUCGCGAGCAUGUCCGCUUUAUGUUGCCCCGAAACAUGGACAACACGGUCGUCCCAUAUAUGGUCCUGGAUGAUACGUAUUGCGCAGGCGAACAGCACAGCGCCGGAGCAUUACGCAGCGGGGGCAUGCUGGAAUUGGCAGCAUACGAAGGCAUCGUGUUGGGCAGUCCAUAG